GAAUAUAAAAAGUAGGCCGACCAAAAAAUAUAUGUAAACAAAAGUUCAUGCAUGCAUGUAUAGCACAGUGACACUUUCCAAUUUCCAUAGGCGAAAAAAAAAUAAAAAUUAAUGGAACUAAAUAAAUAGGUAAAAAAUUGGAAUGGCACGGAAUUAGGUCCUGCAUCUUUCCAAUUUUGUUUAAUUAUUUAUGGAAAAACAAAAGUGCCUUGUAUUAUAUAUAUUGGUUAUUUUUCUGUUUCUAGGGCUAUAACUAUACCAAGCCACAAUGGAAGAUUCACAACCGUGUACAUCACGUAACCUAGAUCAUGCCGGAAACUCCACAACAAGCAUUCCUCUUAAACUCACCUUCGAGAUACUAUCGAGGCUUCCGGCGAAAUCUAUCAUCAGAUUCCGAUCCGUAUCGAUGCUCUGGCGCUCUAUCAUCGACAGUAAAGAUUUUGCCGACGCCUUUCUGACUUGGUCAAGGACUCGGCCUCGUCUCCUUUUCAGCUUUAACCACUUGGAUUCCCGGAAGCUUUUCAUCUUCUCAGCCCCUGAACACGAAAAAUCGUCCACAGUUGUAGCAAGACACGACAUGACGAUCUCUAAUCUCGGCUACAACAAGAGAUAUGACGCCUACCCCUACUACAUCACAUGUCCCCCCGUGAACGGUCUGAUUUGUUGCACACGUGGCUCAUCAAUCGCUGUUUGUAAUCCGACCACGAGACAGUUGUUGAUACUGCCCAAUGUCAGAGCCAACGGAAGAGUCACGCACGCACGGCUCGGGUACGAUCCGGUGGAAGAUGAAUACAAAGUAUUGUGUGUGAUGAUGAUGUUAGAUGGACACGAACGCGGUAGAAGAGGUAUAAAACUAGAACAAGAACAUGUCGUUUCAACGCUGAGUUCUUGUCGACCCGAAUGUUGGAGAAGGGUCGAGACCCCCACCGGAGAGUCUUACACAGAUGUAGAAGGUGGACUUUGCAUCAAUGGUACUAUAUACUACGGAGUUGGACAUAACACGAUAGCUAGAUUCGAUCUUAGAUACGAGAAGAUGAUGUUUAUUCAAGCACCGAAAGACGAUGAUAUCACAAGUUGGAAUUUUAUAAAUCACCGAGGGAAAUUUGGAGGAAUAGAGUAUGAUUACUUGUAUGAUGAGAUGCGUUUGUGGGUUCAAGAGAAAGAGGAGUUGUGGAAUAACAUGACUUGCGAUGUAAUCCAAGAGAGUUGCAGAUUUUGGGUUUAGACGUAUCCAUGGAAUUGGGAAGCAUGAUCGUGAUAUCUUGUGUGUUUCCAGGUUACAUUGAGAAUAUCAUGUGCCUUUCCAUGGUACAUUGAGAAUAUCAUAUUCUUAAAGAUAAUUGAAGAUUACUUGUGAUAAGUAUAUUCUGGUUCGGUUUCUUUUAAUUUAUGUUAAGCAUUGGUUUCACAACUACAUCAUUAGACACACUCAUGUGAGGAUUAAUUAAUACUCCAAAAAUAGCAGAUUCAACAUACAACGUGCAAGACCAAAAACAAAUGAUUCAUAACUUGUGAAUAUCUCCAAAGAAUCAUAACAUAAGAAGCUUUUUUGGAAACAAGAAAGAUUAUCCACAAAAAAGCAUAUUCCCUUCUCGAAAAGCCCAUUAUCUUUCUUGAGGCCCAAUGUAAUAUUUCUUUCACCUACCGAAACCAAAGCCUCUCGACUAGUUGACGAAAACAC